CUCGCGGUUGUAGCGGGUAAAGUUUCGGUCCUUCGACCUGUGGGCGUGUAAAACUGGGAUAUUUGUGACUACACACGGCGGUGCGGGGUCAGUGACAGGGGGCCAGCGUGUGCUCGGAGUCGCAUGUGUAGUUAGUUUAUAGUUUGUUUGUUUUUUAAUUGUAGUCAUGUCGCGGAUAUUGAACCUCAUCAACGUCCAGCUGCGGAGAGAAUCAUCCGCCUGUCGGACGAUCGCUCGGCUUCCUUUAAGGACCAUCUGCUGCACAUCAAGGCGACGAGCUGAGCAGAGUGAUGGAGCCACAGUUCUGGGGAAAAGGUGGAAGGACACCGCGGACACCGUCAUCAUCGGUGGUGGAUGUGUGGGGGUCAGCGUGGCCUAUCACCUGGCCAAAGCUGGCAUGAAGGACGUGGUGCUGCUGGAGAAGACCGAGCUGACGGCUGGAUCCACCUGGCACGCUGCUGGUCUGACGACAUAUUACCAUCCAGGCAUCAACCUCAAGAAAGUCCACUAUGACAGCAUUAAGUUAUACGAGUCCCUGGAGGCUGAAACCGGACAGGCGGUGGGCUUCCAUACGCCCGGCAGUGUUCGUAUCGCUGCAACGUCGGCUCGGGUGGAUGAGAUGAAGUACCAGAUGACCCGGACACACUGGCACGUGACGGAGCAGUACCUGAUCGGACCGGAGAAAGUUCUCGAGCUUUUCCCUCUGCUUGAUAUCAACAAGGUGUUGGCGGGUCUGUACACACCAGGCGACGGCCACAUCGACCCGUACUCUCUGACUAUGGCUCUGGCUGCUGGCGCUCGUAUGUACGGAGCACAGAUCUACAACCCGGCACCGGUGACCAGCCUCGACCCGACCGCCGACGGCAAGUGGGACGUCCAGACUCCUCACGGGACCAUCCGGGCCAAUCGCAUCGUCAAUGCUACAGGUUUCUGGGCCCGUGAAGUCGGCAAGAUGGUCGGGUUUGAUCAUCCCACCAUCCCAGUGCAUCACCAGUACGUGGUGACGGCGACGGUACCGGAGGUGAAGGCUCUGAAGAAGGAGCUGGCCGUCAUCAGGGACCUGGAGGCGUCUUACUACCUGCGUCAGGAGAGAGACGGCCUGCUGUUCGGCCCGUAUGAAAAGAUGGAGAAGAUGAAGCUCCAGGACUCCUGGGUCAGAGAGGGGGUGCCUCCAGGUUUCGGUAAGGAGCUGUUUGAGUCGGAUCUUGACAGGAUAAUGGAGCAUGUCGAGAUGGCCAUGGAGAUGGUCCCUGUGCUGAAGAAGGCUGACAUCAUCAACGUCGUGUCUGGACCAAUCACGUACACCCCCGACCUCCUGCCCAUGGUCGGGCCACACCAAGGAGUUCGUAACUACUGGGCUGCCAUCGGCUUCGGGUAUGGAGUCAUCCAUGCUGGAGGUAUCGGUAAGUUCCUGAGCGACUGGAUCAGGAACGGAGAACCUCCUUACGACCUGAUUGAAUGCGACGCCAACCGCUACGGCCGAUGGGCAGAUGUGCCCUUCAUGUGCGCCAAAGCUCGGGAAUCUUACGGCUUCAACAAUGUGGUCGGUUACCCCAAGGAGGAGCGCUUCGCUGGUCGACCGACCUAUCGGCUGAGUGGCGUGUACGAGCUGCUGAAGGACAAAGCGUCCAUGGGCUUUCACGCCGGCUGGGAACAACCUCACUGGUUCUACAAACCUGGAGAUGACAUUGGAUACAAGCCCAGUUUCCAUCGCACCAACUGGUUCGGACCGGUCGGCAGAGAGUGCAAACUGGUGAUGGAGAGGGUGGGAGUGAUCGACCUGACGCCUUUUGCAAAGUUCAUCGUGAAGGGGAAGGACUCCCAGAAGCUGCUGGACCGCCUGUUUGCUAACAACAUGCCGAAGGUGGGCCUCACUAACAUCAGCCACAUGUUGACCCCCGCUGGGAGAGUGUUCGCCGAGGUCACCAUCACCCAGCUGACGCCGGGAGAGUUCCUGCUCAUCACCGGCUCGGGCUCAGAGGGUCACGACCUCAGGUGGAUUGAGGCCGAGGCUGCUGACGGCGGAUACGACGUUGACAUCAGCAACAUCACGGAGGACGUUGGCGUGCUCGGCAUCGCAGGACCGAACUCCCGCAAUGUUCUCCAGAAACUGACGGACGAGGAUCUGAGCGACGCCGGAUUCAAAUUUCUCCACUGCAAGUCCAUCAAGUUGGCCGGCAUCCCUGUGAGGGCCAUCAGGAUCUCCUACACAGGUGAGCUCGGCUGGGAGCUUUACAUCGACCAGAAGAACAUGGCGGCCGUGUAUCAGGCCAUAAUGGAAGCAGGACAGGACCAGGGCAUCGACAACUUCGGCACCUACGCCAUGAACUCCCUCAGACUGGAGAAGGGCUUCAGAGGCUGGGGAGCCGAGAUGAACUGUGACACCAAUCCUCUGGAGGCUGGUCUGGAUUAUUUCAUCAAACUGAACAAGCCCGCCGACUUCAUUGGCAAAGCCGCCCUCCAGGAGAUUAAAGCCAAGGGCCUGAGGAGGAAGCUGUCCUACAUCACGCUGGACACGGACGACAUCGACCCUGAAGGCAACGAGACCGUGUGGUACAACGGCAAGGUGGUUGGCAACACGACGUCCGGAGCCUACAGCUACAGCUCCCAGCAGAGCCUGGCGUUCGCCUACCUGCCUUUGGACCUGUGCUCCGUGGGCCAGAAGGUGGAGGUGGAGCUGCUGGGCAGGAAGUACCCCGCCAUGGUCAUCCAGGAGCCUUUAGUCCUCACCGAGCCCACGCGGACUCGCCUGCAGAAGAAGGCGAAGAGCAAAGCGUCGACAGUGGAACCUUUUCUGCAGAAGAAAGCUGAAAGAAAAGAGUCAAUGUGAAAUUUAAUCGAUGGUGCCAACGUACUUUUCAUAAGAACUUUGUGACUGAGACGCAACAUUUUAACACCAAUAACACAAAAAAAAAACCCCCAGAAAAAUCACAAACUUGUACAAAGAUUGUUUUAUAAAUCUGUUGUUUUUACUGUGAUGUAAUUAAAUUCUGUACAUUAAUAACCUGAUAAUUAAAGCAAUGAGCUCACUG